AUGGCUUCUGCUCCAUCGUUCAACGUCGAGUUUUCAGAGACAAACAGCCCAGGGCAUCAGAAAAUUCGUCCAAGACAAGAGAAGCAGGAAGUGGACUACAUGCAAAGAGCUCAGUGGCUCAGAGCUGCCUUGCUUGGAGCCAAUGAUGGCCUGGUCACAGUCGCGUCUCUCAUGAUGGGUGUUGGUUCUAUUAAAGAAGACGUCAAAGCAAUGUUGCUCGUUGGUUUUGCAGGCCUUGUAGCCGGUGCAUGUAGUAUGGCCAUUGGAGAGUUUGUGUCUGUGUGCACCCAAAGGGAUAUUGAAACUGCGCAGAUGAAAAGAGCUAUUGAGACUAAGACUAAGACAUCAUUAUCAGCAAUCGACGAGCAAGAGGAGGAGGAGGAGAAGAAAGAACGGCUGCCAAAUCCGGGACAAGCCGCGAUGGCAUCAGCGUUAGCAUUUUCAGUGGGGGCAGCAAUGCCACUUUUAGCCGCUGUAUUCAUAGAGAAUCAUAAGGUAAGAAUGGUGGUUGUAGCGGUCGUGGCCACCAUAGCAUUGUUGGUGUUUGGGGUGACCGGUGCUGUCCUUGGAAAGACAAGUGUGGUUAAGUCUAGCGUUAGAGUGGUGAUUGGUGGCUGGAUGGCUAUGGCUCUUACCUUUGGUCUCACCAAGUUCAUUGGCUCUGAAGCCAUGCAAAUCUAG